GCCCUUCAACAGCAGUUGCUCACUCGGAUGCAGCAGGUCGGUAACAGUUUCUCCAACCAGAGCCCCAGCGUGGCUCUCGCUGAAAGUAACCCGGUGGCCACACUGCCGGUGCGACUGCUCAGGGAUGAUCAGGUCGCUGUGCAGGGCAGUGACCAUGCUAAAAGUUUCCAAAUGAAGAUGAAUGCUCAUGGCUUCACCCCUGAGGAGCUGGUGGUGCAGGUGGACGGCGGAAACCUGAUGGUCACCGGCCAGCGGCAGAUAGAGAGUACCGACCCGGUUAGGGGAGGUUACCGCAUGAAACAGAAGGUGCACCGGCAAAUGCAACUACCUCCGGGCCUAGAUCCCACCGCCAUGACCUGCUGCCUGACCCCUUCUGGCCAACUGUGGGUCCAAGGCCAAACCCAGUGGCGGCAUCCUCCUGAAGCCCUAACAGGAUCAUCAAGUUUCAGAAGCCGUGGCUCUAAGAAGGGUUCAACCUAGCUUGGCCUAGUAAACAACAACCGUGGUGUGCAGCAAACUUAAGUUGUCUGCUGUCUUUUCUGGGGAUGAAUGAGGUCAGAGGUAGGGGGUUGGAGCUAUACAUAGAAGGAUGGAGGAAAGGCACCUCCAGGUAGUGGUCCUCCAAGAAUCAGAUCUCUGGCCCUUGGAGAAGUAGGAGGGGGCAGUGUGGCCUUAGCUGCCAAUCAGAGUUAAGGCCGGGAGCAGCAGAGGGCUGGCAGGGCCCAAAUGUGACCUGACUUCAGAACUAGCAGAAAGCCCUGAGAUCAGGAUUGAACUUCGUGUAGGUAGGGGUUGCAGUGAAGGACAAAAGUGGUGAAGAAAGCAAGGGGCUGCAGACUUGGCCUCUUGUCCAGUCCUGAAAGGAUCCAUCCCUCACAGGCUUGGUAUAAGCCACCACCAACAACAAAACAAAAACAAAAAAACACCACAGAGGUUGUUUCUUCAGAGUCCAAAGAUUUUUUUUUUUUCCCAACCCAAGCUACAUAUCCCCCAAUGUAAGCUGGUGGGGGAUAGGCUAGGGGAUGGUUUAGAGGCAAAUGCAGGACCCUUAACUUCAAACAUGGUCAGCCCCAAGUCAUUCCUAUUCCACCGGCUACCCAUCAGAGCUAACAGCAAGAACCUCUUUCUCUUGGUUACCAUGACCACCAGCAUCCCCUCACGUUAGGGGGGAAGCUUUUGUUUAGCAAGAUUCAGUGGUUCAUUUAAAUUUAGUGAACUAGAAAGGACAUGGUCUGAUAAACUCUGCCAGAGAAAGACGAGGAAGACAAGUGUGAGGUCGAUCGAUCGGCUGACUAUAUUGACAAGAUACUGAUUGGUUACAUGUUGAAGAAAACAUACAAUACAAAAUACAGAAAAAGUUGGUUCCAUCCCCUCCCACUCCCCCCCUUACCCACCCACCCCCAAAUACUCAUCAUCGUGAUUUGGUCAGAACAGGGCUCAGAGCCAGAGGUCAGGUGACCGAGGGUGGAGGGGUCAUGGGCAAUGGAUGCGUGGCUGUCACAAUGAUGCUUCGGUAAUGCUGCGUUUUCUCUCCCAGCUGGGAGUUGGGUGGGAAGGAGGCUGCAGCCUGAUGACAGCCAGCUGAGGGCAGAGCUGCCUGUCCCCUUCCCAGCCCAGGGCCUGCCCACCACCCCAGACUAAGACCACUCCCAACAAGGUAAGGAUGUGGAUGCUCUUGCUAAGGCUACUCUUCAGCAAGAGGGAAGGGAAGGGAAGGGAGGGGUAACUGUUCCAAGCCCCGACCCCACAGACAAGGGGGUGGGGGGCAGGAGCAUGUGGCUACUACCAGCAAAGGACAAAUGGGAGAGUAUAGUAGAAAGGGGGGAAGUGGGAAGAGCAGAAGAUCAUAUAUAUUAAAAAAGUGACUUAAGACUUAAAAUUGAAUUAGUAUUUGUACAGAAAGGUGCAGGUGGAAUAACUCCCUCCAGCCUAGGAUCAAAGUUAUACUGAGAAAUCAUGGUGGACCCCUCCCCUGCCCCCAGUGGUGGCCCGAGUCGUUAAGUGCGAUUGGUUAGAGUGGAUUCCAGUCGGGUCAUUCAGGCGGAGGAGGUGGGGGCAGUGGCAGGCAAGGGGGGCUCAGUUGCUGCA